AUGGCCACCUCAACAGUAGGCCUCAUCAACAACUGGCUCCCGCCGAGCCGGGCCAACUACGACCUGAUCAUCUCCCUCUGGAAAUGGUUCCCCGUAGCCGCCUCUCUCCAAUGGCUAAUCCCCUGGUACGGGAUGGGCAAAACCUCCGUCACGUCCCGCCUCAACCUGCCCGGCCGAGUGGGGUGGCUAGCGAUGGAAUGCCCGGGCUUCCUCACCCUCCUAUACACCCUGCGCACCCUCCCCUCCCAAACCCUGCCGCACCACCUCCUAGCAACCGACGGCCUCCCCUGGCAGAACAAGGUGCUCGCGGGGCUCUUCGUGCUGCACUACACGUACCGCGCCAUCCUGUUCCCCUUCCUGCAGCCGUCCAUGUCGCCGCUGCACCUGAUCAUCUUCCUGUCGGGCGUCUCGUUCCAGGUAAUCAACGGCCUGGCCAUCGGGUCGUGGCUGGGCGGGUACGGCCCGGCCACACAGGCCGACUGGGCCUCGCAGUCCGGCGGCGGGACGAUGCAGUUCGCGGUGGGGAUCGCGCUGUUCUACGUCGGCCUGGCGGCGAAUUACUACCACGACGACGAGCUGCGCGAGAUCCGGCGGCGGGCGCAGCGAAGGAAUAGGAACGGGAAGGUGGAGAAGCACUACGAGAUCCCCCAGGCGGGUUUGUUCAAGGUGAUGCUGUACCCGCAUUACUUUGUCGAGUGGGUCGAGUGGUUCGGCUUCUGGAUGGCGGCCGGGUGGGGGUGUGUGCCGGCGCGGAGUUUCGUGUUGAAUGAGGUCGCGGCCAUGCUGCCGAGGGCCGUCAAGGGGAAGAAGUGGUAUGUCGACAGGUUCGGCGAGGAGAAGGUGAAGGGGCGGUGGGCUGUGAUUCCGGGGAUCUGGUAG